AUGUCUUCUCCUGGUAAUGUUUUUCUUAAAACUGCCAAUGAUAAUGAUCAGGAUGUAGAUGUCCCUCCUAGUUUGAUACUGCACAACAUCAUCAACUGUUUCUCGAUGAAUGGCAAGGAGUACGAGAUACCCGUCAUUCAAUUCAUCCUCGAGGAAAAUAGGAACGAGCCCGAAGUGUUGGACGCAUUCGUUGAAGAUUUAUUCAACAAGUCGCUUGCUGACAAGUCGUUUUCAAGCGUGGCUGUUGACCUCAUUGUCUGGCUCAUCAAGAAUGUUCAGGAUGGCGAACGAUACAGGAAUGAUUUUCUGACUAGACUUAGGAAAGUUUAUUUAGAAAAGAACUUUAAGCAGUUGAACGUCUGGCUUGGUUGUGUCUCCAUGUUAACACACAGUACCUGCAAAAUACUUCUUCCCGUGCCUGGUGGUGUCUGCUUCAUUAAGGCUCUUGUCGACAACUGCUUCGAAGCCAUGCUCACCUGUUUCAGAGAGGAGGCCAGUGACGAAGAAGUCGAGUGCGCUGUCUCCCUGUUAACAGCCAGUUUUGAGGUCUUCAAGAAAGAGAAAGAGCCGCAGGACCUCCAGAAGUUAUUAGAUCAGAUUCAAAGGUCCAGGACUAACACAAGUCGAUCGGCCAUCAUUGACAAGUUCAUUCAGAGAUGCAAUCUACAAUAA